AAAAAAGAACACCAAAUAAACAAGAGUACCAAUUUUUGAUCUGAAGAAAAAUGUCUCCCGGGAAAUCCGAGACACCAUACUCAGCUCUCGCACCCAACAACACUCCACCGCCACCACAAUUCUACCUCCUUUUACCAUUGUACAGACCAUCCAACCGCCGUCGCUACUUCGCCUACGCCGCCACAAUCCUCAUCUUAGCCGCCACAAUUUACUUUCUCUACCCAUCUGAUCCACACCUAAAAGUCGUAAACCUCCGUCUCGACAAGUUCAAAAUCCACAAGCUAUCGGAAAUCGACAUCCAGUUAGGUGUCAAAAUACAGAUACGUAACCCUGACGUGUAUUCUUUGGAUUACAAGUCGUUAAAUGUAUGUGUUGAAUAUAGAGGCGAAGAGUUAGGGUUUGUGACGUCAGAUGGUGGCAAGGUUAAAGCGUUUGGUACGUCAUAUAUCGAUGCCACGCUGGUUUUGAAUGGAUCUGAAGUUGUUAGUGAGGCUUUUUAUUUGAUUGAGGAUUUGAUUAAAGGUGAAAUCCCGUUUGUUACCACUUCCGAGAUUCGUGGCAAUCUCGGUGUUCUCUUUUUUAAUCUGCCCAUUCAGGCUAAGUUAUCAUGUGAGGUCGUUAUGAACAUACACAAUCAGACAAUUGAACGGCAAGAUUGUUAUCCUGCGUGAUCUCUCAGGUCUCAGUAUAUAAUGCAUAUCAUUUUUCCCACCUAUUGUCUGGUUUGGCUCUUGGAUGCAUCGUGGAUGAGAACCAGCAAAGACAAUUGAAGAGACCAAGAAUCGUAUGAUAUAUCAUAUGCAAAGGUUUUCAGUAAAUGUUCUUUAAAUUUGUGUCUCGUCUCUGUUAACUGUUAUUAGCUGGUUAUUGCAUCAGAGCUGCUUCAUAUGAUAACCCUGAGUAAAUAUAACAUCAUACAUUAUGGCUUAUAUACUGUUACGUGUUAUCGUCAAUGUUAGAUCUGCCUUGCGAUUCAGAGACAUAUAAAUAAGAACUAUCAUUCAUUGGUUUUCUUUUAUAUUUGUAACUUACUACGAAAUUGUGAAUACUGAAUUGUACCGUUUAUAACAUGUAUUUACUUGAAGCGAAUGAUUCUUUUA